AUGUCGCAGCACCCGUACGUCCCAGCGGACAUCUACCUCCCAGGGUGGGAGCCAGCGGCCACGUCCGAAGUCGCGAUGGUGGGGGCGUUCGGCGUCGCGUGCGUGGGCACCGCGGUGGUCGGCUACAACUUUACCGCGCGGUACAAGCACAUGGGCACCGGCGCGCGUCUGCUCUUCUGCUGGUGGAUCAUCACGGGGCUGAUUCACAUCGUACUUGAGGGCGCGUUCGCGGCCAUGCCCGACUUCUGGAAGGACACGACGGGCAACAUGCUGGCGGACGUGUGGAAGGAGUACAGCAAGGCCGACUCCCGGUACGCGACGGGCGACACCUUCGUCCGUGCAGUGGAGACAUGCACCGCCGUGGUGUGGGGACCUCUGUGCUUCGUCAUCGCGUGGGGCAUGACGCGCGGGGCGAACUGGACGCUGCCCAUGAUGAUCGCCGUGUCGAUGGGGCAGCUCUACGGCGACGUCCUGUACUUCUACACCGCAUUCGCCGAAGGCCAGAAGCACGCGCGGCCGGAGUUCCUGUACUACUGGUUCUACUUCAUCUUCCUGAACGGGCUGUGGAUCGUCAUCCCUUCCGCAGCCAUUGCGUACGCCUGGGUGCAAAUAUGCAACGGCAUGCGGCCGGUCAAGGCCGCGACGACGCGCGCCCGCAAGACACAGUGA